AUGGCCAUGUCCAAGUACGAAACCAUCAUCUGGGAAGAUAAGAUGAAAGAGCGGAUCAUGUCUCUUGCUCGCGCGAGAUACACCAGCGAUUUCGAAAGUGGUUCGGUCUUCGACAUCAUUCACACUACUGUCAAACACGGCAACAGCACUUCUUACGAUACCCACCUUAUCGUCUACGAGUCGCCAAGCACCAACGAGGUCUUCCAGUUCCUCAUCACUAUGCAGUGCAACUCUUUUGCCCAGGGACUGGAAGCUCUCAUGAGUAGGAUCCAAGCGCAGUUGGGUCGUAGCAUCAAGAAGGCAAGGGAAGACAAGUUGCGGGAUGAAUCUGAGUACGGAAACUAUGGCUACGAUUCGGACGGAGAUCGCUACAAGUACUACCCAGAGGUCGCAGCUGAAAGGACACGAUGUCUCACGAUGAAGCUUGCCUUGACCAGCAAUUCGGAGGUUGCUCGUGGAUAG